AACCUACCCGAAGCUGCCGUCGCUUUCCGCAUAUUUUUAACUCUAUGAAGUCAGGGACCCUUUCUCUGCUUUGGUAACAUGAGGUUUUUCUUUUGGAACGCGAUCUUGACACUGUGGGUCACGGCUGUGAGUUCAGCUUUGAUCCCUGAGCCAGAAGUGAAAAUCGAAGUUCUCCAGAAGCCGUUCAUCUGCCAUCGCAAGACCAAGGGAGGGGACCUGAUGCUGGUCCACUACGAGGGCUAUUUAGAAAAGGACGGCUCUCUGUUCCACUCCACUCACAAACAUAACAAUGGUCAGCCCAUCUGGUUUACCCUGGGCAUCUUGGAGGCUCUCAAAGGCUGGGACCAAGGCUUGAAGGGGAUGUGUGUGGGAGAGAAGAGAAAGCUCAUCAUUCCUCCGGCCUUGGGCUAUGGCAAAGAAGGAAAAGGAAAAAUCCCCCCAGAGAGCACACUGAUAUUCAACAUUGACCUCCUGGAGAUUCGAAAUGGCCCAAGGUCCCAUGAAUCAUUUCAAGAAAUGGACCUGAAUGACGACUGGAAGCUCUCUAAGCAUGAGGUUAAAGUGUACCUAAAGAAGGAGUUUGAGAAGCACGGUGCAGUGGUGAAUGAGAGUCACCAUGAUGCUUUGGUGGAAGAUAUUUUUGAUAAAGAAGAUGAAGACAAAGAUGGAUUUAUAUCUGCUAGAGAAUUUACAUAUGUGCAUGACGAAUUGUAGGGAUGGGCCUGCCAUUUUAUAUGUGUCCAUCUGUAAAGGGAAGACAGCACCUUUAAAGAAAGUUGUAGUUCUUAACAGCAUUCUGUUCUCAUUUUGUUUGUUUUUGGUUUUAUAUUAUUUUCUGUUAUUUAAGAAACCCCAUAGACUUUGUAAAUAUCCAUAUCUUUCUUUCUGGUAAGUUAUUGGGAAAACACAGUCAUCUUUAAGUGGAAGAUUUCUGGUCCAUUUCCACUUUCAUAUGAAGCUUGUUUGCUUGCUUCCUUCUAAUGGUAACCUAUAGCUACUGGAAACAUGCCACAGCAUAUGAACAGAUUGUAGUGUGCCCUGCAUGUCUGCCUUCUUCUGCUUCCUCUAAGCAGACAUAUUUGAAGGCUUUUACAGUAGUCCAUGGCUUGCUACUUUCAUGUUAUAGUGAACUAGUUUUUCUUUAUCUGACUUUGAGUAUCUGCUUGAGAAGGCAUAUGGUGGGCCUGACUCCUUUACAGUUAUGGCCUCACUGUGGAGAUGUGCAAUGUUGGAUGAAUAGGUGUGCAUUGAAACAUCUGCCAAGACUUCAUAGUGGCUAAUGGCCUAGUGAAAUAAGUCAGAGAAAUCAUUUAUGUGUUUGUUUCCUUGUAAUCAAUGCUUCAAAAUUUGGUAACAUGGUAGAGAGUUGUAUUUAUAGUCAGUGUUUACUUUUAAGGUUACCAAUUACAGCCUCCUGGUUUUUCAGUGAAUGAAGUUUACAGCUAGUAUAUUACUUUGCAGUAACACUGAAUCAUGAGAGAAGUUAAUGAAUCAACUAGACUUUCCCCAUUUGUGACUCAUCAAAAAUGAGGUCAACCUAUACCAGCUGUUAUCAAUACUUACCCUGGGUUUGAAAAUUUAUCAUUUUAUCUCAAAUUGGCUUCUAAACAGGAUGAAGAAUUCUGUUUUUAAAAUUGAUUUUAAUCAAAUUGGCUGUUACUUUAAGUACUUAAAAUAGACUUUCCAGGUCUCCAUUUGUUAGUGAUAGUUUCUCAUAGUUCAUAAAAAUGAAUCAAGUGCAUUGUUGUGUGACUGUUGUUCUGAUACCCAUGGGGAGCCGCUGCAUCUUACGGUACCUCUUUAUGGAUGAGGGGUGCUGUUUGGAGGUUGCCUGAUGAGUCCAGUGCUGGUGGUUAAGCUGUAGGUGCAUUUUCAGUCCCUGAGUUCGCUUUUCUACUUUCCUGCUGAGAAAGAAGCAGCGAGUUUGGUGUACCUGCUGGGCCCUGGUUCCUUUUGCAUCUUUACCUCUGUGGACAGUGUCUGGCAGACCACAGCUCUCCUCAGGAUUCAGGAAUGCCUGUGUUCUCAUAGAAUAACUUUCACAUUUGCUCUGAAUCCUCAAUCACCCUCCCUGUGAGCAGUGAGAAGGGCCAGAUAUAAGCCUUAGUUCACCCAUUCCUGUCACCUCUUUGUUGUUUGUAGAAAUUAGAUUACUUCACUAAUUAUGCAUUGACAUUUUCCUCAGCAAAACAUGUUAUCAGGAAGAAUAUACUCUAAGACCUGUUCUUGAAGAUGUCAGGUACAACUGUAAAAUGGUUGUCAGUACUGACAGUUUUCUGGACCUGGGGAGGUUGGAAGAAGGCCGUCAUGAGAGGACAGUGGUGUGUCUCAAAGCCUGCUUUGCACCGAAGCUACUGCCACCAUCUGUGCUGGAGCAAGAACCUUGAUUAUUGUAUAAAUCUGUAUCAGUGCUCGGCUAAACAUUCAAACAAGUAUGGAAAAAAGGGCAAAUCAGUAAUAAUGGUUUGUUUGAGCCAUCUGCUUUUUGGUAUAGCAAUAUCUUUGCACCCUCCCAUGAGCAGGAAUAAACAAACACCAACUGUGACUUCACAUGUAUGUAAUUUGACCCAUAACUCUUCAUGUGUCAUAUUUACAUUUCCAUGUCUAUUAUGAUAUUCUUUUUGAUAAUAAAGUUUAUUUGGGAAAUAA